GACCCGCCAAUAAUGCAAAAGAAGAAGACGUCAUCGUUCAGAGCAGUGAAAAGCGGAGCGCGCUGGUUUUCCUCUCUCAUUCGGUCUGCAGCCCCGCGUCUCAACUAGUUGAUACCAGCCAGUGAAAAGAUAUACCGAAAAUGUCGGACGAAGGUAAAUUGUUCAUCGGAGGGCUGAGCUUCGAGACCAGCGAAGACACACUGGCUUCGGCCUUUGGAAAAUACGGAACCAUUGAAAAAGUGGACGUGAUCAGAGACAAAGAGACGGGAAGAUCUCGCGGUUUCGGCUUUGUGAAGUACGAUAAUGCAGAAGAUGCCAAAGAUGCAUUGAACGCCAUGAACGGCAAGAGUCUAGAUGGGCGGGUUAUUCGCGUGGAUGAAGCAGGCAAGGGCGGACGUUCCAGAGGAAGUUUCGGCUCAGGACCACGGGGUGGAAGAUUCAGCGGAUCCAGGGGAAGAGGUGGGAGAGGUUAUGCCAGAGGUGGUGGAUACAACGGAGACAGGGGAUAUGGUGAAAGGAGUUAUGGCGACAGGAGCUUCGGAAGUAGCGACAGGAGCUUCGGAAGCGGCGGCUACAGGAGUGGUGGUGGCGGAGGAGGAUACUCAUCAGGCGGUGGAUACAGAGAAAAUAGGGGUCAGGGUUCAUAUGGUGACCGCUCUGGAACCUACCGCGAUGGAUACGAUGGCUAUGCUGCACACGAGUAAACAUCUCCCUGAUUCAAGAUCAUCACUUGGCUGGCUGUAUUUCAAAGAUGCGCUCCUCAAGAAAUGUCCACGUGUUAUUGCUGACCUUAGUUUGUAGUUCUGUUGUAGUAGCUCAAGCAUCUUUAAAAAAAAAAAAUGUAGCCUUUCCUUAACAAACCAUGUUACAAAUUACAGUUCAAGACUCUUACCAUGCUUGAUUGGGCAUCUUUAUUCCUCAAAGGUCGUUUGUUAACUAAAAGGCAUUUGUGUAAUCUGAUUAGUACUUAAGUCCCGAUUUGGGGAUCAAACGACAGCUCUCCACAUGGCUUUUCGUUGGAACAGACACUACCAUUUGCGGUAGACCUCUUUUUGUCCAGCACGUUAAAGUGUUUCCUGAUUAUUUUUUUUUGAUUCCUUAAGUUUUUUUUAUAUUGAAAUAUCCGAUGGGGCUUGUGUUUGUUUUUUUGUUUGUUUCCUACUUAUUUCCCCUUCAGUCUGACUGACUGACCUCUUGCCAGGUUUAAACUGAGUGAGGAAAGAUCAAUUACUCUAAAUAGGCUUUUGGGGGAUUUUAUGCUAAAUUCCUUUUACUAUUAAAAAAAACUUAGUUACGCUGAGGCUCCUGUGUGUUCAAUUUCCCAAAAGAGUGAAUUCCUUUCAGACUGGUGAACUACACAUCCGAAGUGGCCGGCUGUUCAUGAAGUCUGUCCAAGGUAUCUUCUGUGCUCUGCUCAACAUCUGCAUUUUAAAUGUGCUGUAAAAUGGACUAAUCUUGUUUAAGUGAUUGAAAAAAUGUAACUUCGUUUCCCCAAAGUAAUAUCUCAACCGGGAACAGUUUUGUACUUUAUGUUCUUUGUAUGAUCAACUUUUUUCUUUGUCAGUUUGGCUUCAUGGAGCCUAUUAAACAGACUGUGGAAAAUAA